ACCCGCAAAAUGCCAGCAACUGCCAGUGCAAUGGACUUCUUUCAACUCUUUGUCCCUGACAACAUACUAAAGAACAUGGUGGUGCAGACGAAUAUGUAUGCCAAGAAGUACCAGGAGCGGUUUGGGAGUGAUGACACUUGGGUGGAUGUCACCUUGACGGAAAUUAAGGCUUUCCUUGCGUACAUGAUAUCCACAAGCACUCACCACUGUGAGUCUGUCCUCAGCAUCUGGAGUAGUGGUUUCUAUAGUAACAAGAGCAUAGCACUGAUCAUGUCUCAGUCAAGAUUUGAGAAGAUCCUCAAGUACUUCCAUAUUGUGGCCUUCCGUUCCAGCCAGACAACACAUGGCCUCUACAAAAUCCAGCCCUUCCUGGACUCUCUGCAGCAUAGCUUUGACUCCACUUUUAAGCCUUCCCAAACCCAGGUCCUUCAUGAACCUCUGAUUGAUGAAGAUCCUGUCUUCAUUGCCACCUGCACAGAGCGAGAGUUGCGCAAGAGGAAGAAGCGGAAAUUCAGCCUCUGGGUACGGCAGUGCUCAUCUACUGGUUUUAUCUGCCAGAUCUAUGUCCAUCUGAAAGAAGGAAGCGGGACUGAAGGUCUGGAUGCUCUGAAGAACAAAACUCAGCUUCACAGCAUGGUGGCCAGAAGCCUCUGUCAGAAUGCCACGGGCAAAAACUACAUCAUCUUCACUGGCCCCAGCAUUACCAGCCUGAAUCUCUUUGAAGAAUUUGAGAAGCAAGAGAUUUACUGUUGUGGGUUGCUAAGUACAAGGAAAAGUGACUGCACAGGCCUGCCUCCGUCUAUGCUAAACAACUCAGAUGCUCCUCAGGCUCGAGGGCAAUACCAAAUAAAGAUGAAAGGAAACAUGUCCUUGAUCUGCUGGUACAAUAAAGGCUAUUUUCGGUUUCUGACCAACGCUUAUUCUCCGGUUCAGCAAGGUGUAAUAAUUAAGAGGAAAAGUGGAGAAAUCUCCUGUCCCUUGGCCGUAGAAGCUUUUGCUGCUCAUCUUAGUUAUAUUUGCAAAUAUGAUGACAAAUACAGCAAGUAUUUCAUUUCUCAUAAACCAAACAAGACCUGGCAACAAGUGUUCUGGUUUGCCAUCAGCAUUGCAAUCAACAAUGCCUACAUCUUGUACAAGAUGUCUGAUGCCUAUCAUGUGAAGAAAUACAGCCGAGUGCAGUUUGGUGAGAGACUCGUAAAGGAGCUGCUGGGCUUGGAGGAGACUUCGCCUUGUCAAUGACGGCCGAUUCCUGGUGGUUUAGGUCAGGAACAGAGAAAGGAGGAGGCGGACGAGAUCUGGGAAUGCCAAAAUUGGGAGCCUGCAAGUCUUUCCAAUUACACUGUUCUCCAUGUGACAGAAUGACCAGGGAAGCCAUUUGAAUGUUUGGGGGCUUUGCAAAGGCCAGGAUGGGCUCCAAAGAGAGCAUCCCUGAGAAACUGCACAUGUGACUAUGCCCCUAGGCACUCUUGUCUCAGAAGUGAAUUUACGUUAGUCACUAUUUCUUAAUACUAUUUGUCAACAGGGUGUUAGUUGUCACGUGACCGCCUUUUUUCUCUGCCCUCCUCUCGUCACACUAAGCCGCCUUGGCCGUUCAGUCUGGGCCAGGUGGUGGAACAUGUUCCUUUGUAAACAGUGUGAUCCACUCAUGGUGUCAACAGGUACACUGUAUUGUGGCUAAGAAUCCUCUGGGAUGGGGAAUGGGGGAAGGGUGUCAUGUAGAGGUAGCUAGAAGAGAAAUAUUGAGAAAAGUAUAAAUAUAUUUUGCAAACCUAUCCUUAGGUAACGGCAAUUGAGACUUAAUGAAUGAAUGAAGAUUUUAUUUUCUUGCAAUGUUUUUAGAUUGUAGGAGCGAACAUAAUUUAGGGGGGCGUAGAAGCAAUUUUUAUAUCAGUGGAUGGUGGGAUAUGGAGGGGUUUACCUAUCAAAGGCAAAGUCAUUUUUGCCACCACUGAAGUCAAUGUAGGCUUCAAUGAUGAUCGAAGCAGAAAUGAUCUGACUGAAUGGGGACCAUUUGCAAACAUCAGCUCUCACAACAGAAUGUGGGAACUGCAGGAGAUCGUCUGAAUUGGCAUUAGUUUCUCCUUAACUUGAGUUGGCCGUUCUGCUUCUUCUGAGAAUUGUAUAAACAAAUGUGGCCCAAUCCAAGGGUCCUCCUAAAAGUAUAGUGGGGCUGUGUGUGCAAAUCUGUGCAAGUAUCCCACGAUACAAAGAACAGAAAGCAAGUUCAGAGGCCUUUUUCUUUGCACUGCAGAAUGCCACAGCAUGUAAACAAACACAGUGAUCUCACAGCUUGGGCUUAUAAGAAGCAAUGGUGGGAUUUCCCCAUUGGUCUCACUUAGCACAGAUGCAAACAUACUUCUGGUCUCUUAGUUUUCUUUUCAGAUGCAUGCUGGUAGCACACAGUGCCUUUUUGUGUGAGAGAUUCUUUGAACUGGGACCAUAAUGUGGUUUAUAUUGCCCCCAUUUUCUUCCCCUACACUCAUUUCCAAACUCCAAACUAGUUUAGUGUGGAUCUUCAGUGUAAUGUUUGCACAAAAUUUUCAGAAGUGACCUAUCCACCAAAGGAAACAUGUUUUGGAUCAGCACACUUGAGAUGCAAGGAGUUUUGUUCUGUCAAAAAAGGAGAAAUACUGUUCCCUCCGAAUUACACAUCCCAGCUGACCUUCAAUAAAAAGAAGCAGAAAAAGGAAGGUUCUAUUUUAUUCAAGCAUGUUAUUCAAUUUACCUUUGUUGGCAAAUUGGUGGCAUGCCACAAGAGAAGUAGACCUUCCAUCUGGUUAGAGCCAGAUUUAUUGGUGUUUAUUGACAUAGCCAAGCAAAUGUAGUUGCCUCCUAAAUUGAGAACAUGUAUAGAGGUUAAAAAAAUUGUUGUGACCAAACUGGCCACUGCAUCAUAUAGUUUAUUUACACUGCAUCAUUACAGCAGUUUGAUAACACUUGGGUUUUCAUGGCUUCAUCCUAUGGGAUUCUGGAAUAUCUGGCUUGAUGUGGGACUUAGACUUCUUUGCUAGAGCACUCAAAUGCCCUCCUCUGAACCAGGGCACAGAAUGUUAAGAACUUCAACAAACUAAAAGUCCCAGAGGGUUUUGUACAAUGGAGCCAUGGCAAUUAAGACAGGCAUCAAAGUUCUAUAAUUGUGUGAUGCAGAUAUUUUUGUAGGUGUAUUUUGAAACACAUUAUUUCCAUUUACUCUAAAACAAAACGCUGUCCCAGAGAUUUUGCAUUUCUAGAGUUGCUUAUGAAAAUACACACCUGUACUUUAAGAUUGAAGUACAUCAUGUACAACAUCAUUCAUCCCUAUGUGAAUUUCAUGCAGCUGAUGAAAAAAUUUACUUUGUGCAACUGUCAGCUAUCUCUGGCUGUGACAAACUCCAGACGUCCCUAGACGGACCCAAGAAUUUUUGUUGCUUGAGGGAAAGGAAAGAUACUUUGCUUGAGAUUAAGGACAAGCUUCUGUAUAUAAAAGCUGACCCAAGCUGGGCAGGUGAAUAUCCUUUUGGCACUGCUGGCAGGGUAGCAUCCUCCACUAUCCCUCGGGGCAGUAGGCUAGUUAGAGAAGUUUGGGGUAGGCUGUGUGGCACACAGAGCUUUGCCCUCCAAGGCCUCUCUACCAUUCUUGGUGUCUGUCCAUUGAGGCACCUGAUGGCAGGAUUGUGGCAGAGAAGCCAGAAAGCUCAAGUGGUUUAGGCGUCUGGCUGCAGAGCCAGAGGUUGGCAGUUCAAUUCUCGGCUGUGCUUCCAUGACAGAGGCUAAACUCCACGAUCCAUAAGGUCCCUUCUUUGCAGUUCUAAGAUUAAGAUUAAGGUCUAAGAUUUUUAAGACUGUUGUAGAAAAAGCCAUAGAGGCUCAUGGCAAUUUGUUGUGGUCACGAAAUGAGAGGUUUAUGUGAUCACAAAUAAUUAA